AUGAACACCCUGACCACAAAUGGCUUGCCUAUUGUGAGCCACAACGACGAACAAAGAGUUUUUGGGGGAGGAUGGGUUGCUUUCCAGAUGCAGAUGCAGAUUGGGUCGGUCCCGAUGGGCGGCACCGCAGCCAGGGCUCCGUGCUUUGAUGAGGGCUUCUCCCUUCAUGGGCAGUUCUUUGCCUUCAACCCUGGCGAAAACGGUCAUGCUGUGCAACUUGAUGUUGUGUGA